AUGUCCACGACUCGACCUCAUGAGCCUUAUGCUGCUUCCACUUCGUCAGAAGAGAUGACUAGCAGCUCCCGCUCGGACCAAGAAAAGUCAUCACCCAGCCCCGCUGAUUCUCAGGCGGCUUUAAGGACAUCGCCGCUCUCAAUUCGCGAGAAAGGCCAAGCCGCUCACCAUGCGACUCAACCACUCAAGCGUCCCGAUGGGACUACCCUUGAGCUCCUGGAUGGUAUCCCGCCACUGGCAGAGGUGGGCGCACUCACGUCGGGGUCAGCAUUCGGCAAAGCUUGUCUUCGUGUAAUGGGAAUUGGGAAGAAAAAUGCAGGCCACGCUGGAAGUGCCAUCGCUACACAACCUUCGGUUUUUGACACCCCUCAAAAGGACCAUUACGUUCCAAAAGACUGGUAUGAAGGGUAUGCUGCAUUCGACCCCUUGUUUAGAUGGACCUGGAAAGAAGAAACGAAAGUCGUACGGAUCAUUGAUUGGAAGAUCUUCCUCUGGGUCACAAUCAUGUUUCUUGCCCUCGAUAUCGACCGAUACAACCUUACAAAUGCCACGGCCGACAAUUUCCUCAAGGAUUUGAAUUUAACUCAAGCUGACUACAAUCUUGGUAACACACUCUUUCGUGUUGGAUUUUUGGUUGCUGAACUUCCAUCUCAGCUUAUAUCAAAACGUCUGGGACCGGACGUCUGGUUGCCCACUCAGAUGAUCAUCUUCUCCGUCAUCUCAGGUUCUCAAUUCUGGCUGUCAGGCAGAUCCUCCUUCCUAGCCACUCGGUUCCUCAUCUCUUUCUUCCAAGGAGGUUUUAUUCCGGAUGUCAUCUUGUAUCUGUCUUACUACUAUACCAAAUCCGAAUUGGCGAUUCGGUUAUCUUUCUUUUGGGUAUCGAAUUAUUUGGCGAAUCUUAUCACGGCUUUCCUCGCUGUCGGUAUCUUACAAAUGAGGGGAAUAAACGGACACGCUGGUUGGCGAUACAUGUUUUUGUUGGAAGGUCUAAUUACUCUCGUCGUUGGUGUGGCUUCUUUCUUCCUGUUGCCUUCUUCAGCAUCAAAGACCAAGGCAUGGUUCCGACCCAAAGGAUAUUUCUCCGAUGAUCAGGUCAAGAUCGUUGUCAACAGAGCUUUGAGAGAUGAUCCCACGAAGAGCAGUAUGCAUAAUCGUCAAGCACUUCCUGUCAAGACGAUAUUCCGGUGCAUGGGUGACUAUCAAAUGUACCCUCUCUAUUUGAUCGGUAUCCUUUUCGGUAUAGGCGGUUAUCCAGUUUCUCAAUACUUCCAAUUGUCCAUGAAAGGUCUUGGUUUCACAACAUUACAAGCCAAUCUCCUCAGCAUCCCCAACAUUGUGUGGUCCAUCAUUAAUAUUGUCGGUAUUACUGUGCUCUCCGAAGUUGUGAACAGUCGAGCUUUAGUCUGUAUGGCUGAAGAUCUGUGGAUGUUGCCAAAUUAUAUUGCUUUACUUGCUCUUCCCAAUCCUGGAUCUUGGACGUACUUCGCCAUUGCAACUGUUCUCUUGAGUUUCCCAUAUGUACAUGCUAUCCAAGUCAGUUGGACAAGUCGGAAUUCGGGAUCAGUCGAGAACAGAACGGUAUCUGCUUCCUUGUAUAACAUCAGCGUGCAGCUUUCGGCCAUCAUAGGGGCCAAUCUGUACCAAGCGAGCGAUAAACCGCGAUACAAGCAUGCGAAUAGCGCUAUUGUAGCCAUCAUAUGUUUCAAUUUGAUCGUACUCUACCCAUCAACUAGAUGGUACUAUAAGAGCCGAAACGCCAAACGAGAGGCGAUUUGGGGUUCAAUGUCGUCAGAAGAGAAGAGCAAGUACCUUGAGACGACACCAGAUAAAGGAAAUAAGAGGCUAGAUUUCCGGUUCGCCUAUUAA